UUCUACAAAGAAAUAAAAUUGUGAAUCAUGGGUCGUAAAAAGAUAGAGAUGGAACUUGUGGAGAACAGGAGUGCUAGGUAUGUCACAUUUUCAAAAAGAAAGAGUGGUAUAUUUAAGAAGGCAAGUGAGUUGUCAAUUCUUUGUAAUGCUAGAGUUGGUAUAGUUGGAUUUACCCCAAGUGGUAAUCCAUUUGCUUUUGGUUCUCCAAAUUUCCAAGCUGUGGCUGAACAAUACCUUCAUGGAGGACAAGAAUUAGAAGCUGGAUCAUCAAGGCAAAUUGUUACACUCUCUGAAAAUCCAAAUAUCAAAUUGAUGAACAAAGAAUUGAGUGGUUUAACCGAAGAGCUGAAGAAGGUGGAGGAAGUUAAGAAAGGUAAAGCCCCUAUUGCACUUUCUGAUCUUAACUUAAAAGAACUUCUAAAAGUGAAGUCUUCGCUGAAAGAGCUUCAUGGUGACAUCGAUGCAUCAUCUUCUUUGCUUCUUCUUUCAAAGAAGCCUAUACGCAUCAUUGAUUUGGUUUGUAAAAGAAUGGGAAAAUCCAAUAUUGUGAAAACUAGUUACUAGUUGGGGAUUUUGUGGUGUUCAAUUUUAUAAAUAUAUCGUGAAUAAUUUGAAUUUGUUUUUCUUUGUUUUAUAUUUUGGAAUUUGACAUCUUCAAUCCGAGUAAAAAUCUAAUGAAAUCAAUUUUCCAUUAUAA